CACAGCAAAAAUACUUCAGUCAACCUCAGAGUCCUCCUAAAACAAUGUCAAAUGUGAUAAAUUAGGGGAGGAUGAUUUACAAUUUCUUCCAACAGUACAGGGGUUCUCUCAUAUGAAUCAAACUUUUUUUUGUGCUUAUUUGGGGUGUGGUAGUCUUUGAAUAUAAGCUGCAAACUGCUGCAGCCAAUGUCACACUUCUGCAUCGUAAAUACUGCAGCUGUUCAUAAAGGCACUUAAACAAUACUCGUUACUAUACUAUUUCCUAAACACAUAACAUGAGAAAUUCAAAUACUUGAGUUGGGGGUUUUUUCACAAACUUUCCUUCUUUGACCAACUUAAAAACCUGUAAAAAUGUCACAACAAAAAGAAAACAAACUCUACCGUGUCUUCUUAUCCAUCCUGACUGUCUGUCCAAGUGGAGACAGCCGGCAUUUAGCUGUAUGCUGAACCUCCCUAAACAAGUGAGGUUGUUAAUUAUCUAAUUAGCAAACCUCAUUUGCAGGUGUGAUUGCUUAGUAUAACCUGGUGUAGGUUGUCUUGCAUGUCUAAAAUAGGAUUUGAGUGCUGGCUCAUAAAAAUAGAAUUUACUUACUCAGCCUUCUUUUCAGAGGUAAAUUGCAAGGAUCUCAGUUUUCAGUCUCUAUUUACUUUUCAUGACUUGUUUGUUAUUUCUUCAUAGCAAGUGAAGUGGCUUGUGUCUCUUAUUUAUUCACGGUUAUUCUGGGAAAGGUGGACUGAAUGGAGCUUGGGAAACCAGAAUCUCAGACAAUGUGGUUUUCAAACAUGAUUCAGUGAUGUGAUAUUGUCUGAACACCUAAAGAGCUGUUGUCAAAGAGUAAGUGCACCUCUUGAUCUUAAAUUCAUUAUCAAUAUGAUUUGUUGGUUGUUUUCUUUACAGUUAUCCCAAUCAAAGUGAUAUCACUUUAUUGUCCAGAGCUACUGUAUGAGAUGCGGCCCUAUGGCCUAAGGCGGCGUAUUCAGUGUCCUAAGAAAUAUGGAGAGACAACAAAAGAGAGGAAAUACAUGCUGGCUCCAAAUCAUGAUUUGGACUUUGAGUGUAAGCAGAGUGAAGCAGACUCCCAAAAGCCGCUGGACGCCAGGUAUAUAAGGAAUGCUGCUGCUCUUCCAGACCUCCAUCUGCCCCACAGUGACAAAGCCCUGACAUUUAAGGAAAACAGCUCUGACAGAUUGCCAACUAGCCAGCCAGGCCCUCUGAUGAUCCAUGGCUUCACAGUACCAGAGUACCAACAUACAUAUCAUAUGGUGGUGGAUCCCCUGCUCUUCAGUUCUUGUGGGCAGCUUUCAGCUUACAGUCUGGAGCUGGGACGCACCAUUAAGGAACAUCUGUUUAAUGAGCUGGCCUACCCAACACUUCAACUUUCAGAGCAGCCAAACAGAAAGGUGGAGGUGAUGGAAAGAUUCUGUGUGCUCCGUCCCACACCCGUCAUAGACAUAGACAAUAACGGGGAGCCCCAGUAAUAUUCAUCUACAGACAUUCUUUAACAAAAUCAAGAUAUUUUUCAUUUGUCUUUUGAUCAUUUUCACAUUUUUUGUUUGCUAUGUAAUGUAGUAGACAGAUUUAUAUUUCAAUGUUAACUGAAUAAAGUAAUGUCAAAUGUUUGACGUUUUGUUGUCAAACUCUUUAGAAACUGAAAGUCAAAUCAUGUAAAAGCAACAGGAAGAGGUCAAUAUUGAUGCGUGUUGUAUUUUUAAUCAGUUUGUAUCUGUCUAAAUGGAGUGCCAGUAAUCUGUUUGUUUGUUCUUUGUUUUGCAAGCUUGUCAAGUACUGUAAUACUGUAUCCUACUGUCUGUGUGCAUGUGACUACAACCAGGCCAGGGCUGGUUUCUGCUUUCCAAAACAUUAUCAUAAAGAACAACACUUCCACAAAACCAGACACUUUAAGCCUUUUGGUUUUUUUCCAACAUAAACAAACUACAUUUUGUUCGCAAAUACUCAUAAUAUAAAUUCAAAAGGCCUACAUGUUAUCUGUGGUAUUUGAAAAUUCUCCAUUUUUAUGUUUAAUUUUUGCCAUGAGGGGAAAUCUAACUCAGAAAUUGUAACUUAGAUUAACUUGUCAUGACUUAACCAGGAUGGUAAGUGUUACUGCACCAUUAUCCUCUUUAUCACAUCAAAACCAUUUUCCUAGGAGCUAGCACAUUCCUAGCUUGCACAAUACAUGGUGUGUGCAUAAC